AUGGCAACGUUCAUGACUGAGCGGAAGUGCUUGCAAGGAAUUUCAGUAGAGAGCACCGAUGCUUUGACUCGAUAUUUUCACGAGGCUGAGGCGCAAAAAAUUAACGAUAUGUCGCCUUUUGUUUUGAGAGAAGGCCCCGAUAUAUUAUUUAAGCAUGUGCGUACCGAAGAGUUGACUCGUUCGCCGCAAGGUGAACAGUGGCCAACAUUCAUCCUUUGCAGCACCGCAAUGUCUCAUCAAAAGGCCAACACCGUGGACCGUACGGCUGGACGGGAUGUUAAACCAGUUUCCGCUUUGUGCCCUGUUCAAAUCGCAGUCAAGCCUGGAUCGGGCACGGCACUAGCUCCACGCGUUCCCUUGGAACGAGGAAGCUCCCGUAACCCGAUGUUCGGCUCCGUCGCCUUCACGGCGGACUGUGGACAAGCUUUACCAGACUUCCCGAUCGCGAAGCAGGACAGCGGAUUACAGUGGAUUCGUUUGGAUGCCUGA